GCAGAUCAAUGGGUUCAGCCACUGCUAUUUUGUCGGCCAGUGAAAACCCAAACUUUCGAGUAAUAGUUUGUGAUAGUCCUUUUUCGAAUUUUUAUAUGUUAUGCUCAGAUUUGGCUAAAUCUAGAUAUCAUAUUCCAAAUUUUUGCUUCAAAUGUUGUUGGUGUUUCAUCAAAUCUAAAAUUUAAAAAGAAGCCCACUUUAAUGUGGACGAUCUUAACUUGCUUUAAGUAGUUUAAAGUAUUCUUACAUUAUAGUUAGCUUUAUCAAAUGAUUUAUCCAUUAUUUUUCUGCAAGCUAAACAAGAUGAAUUAAUAUAGACUAAACAUGCAACAUUGUUAAUAGAAAAUUUUAGAGGGAAAAAAAAAUUGAUUACUUUUGACGGGACCCACAAUUCCCUAAGACCAAAGUAAGUAAUGGAAGAAACUGUUGCUCUAAUUAAGAAAGAAUUUGGAGCGGAAAGUUGGAAUUAAACUACUUUCUAAAAAGAAAUCAAAUUAUCAUCUAGACAUUCUUCCGUAAAUGCUCCAUUGUUGAGGGCCAGUAAAACUAGUAUAAUACCUCAAACGGAAGAUACUGAACAAUGA